AUGUGGUAUGUGUUCCUCUGCUUCAGCAACAGACAGAGAAAUAUCCCUGACCAACAGCCAACCUCUCAGCUCUCUGCUCUGUUCAGAGAUGCAACACUUCAUGACCUACACAAGACCGCAGUGGACCUGGCCUUACAGAGUAAGAAUGGACACCUGGACCUUUUCCUCCGCUUCCUUCUGGGCCUCUCACUGGAGUCCAAUCAGAAUCUCUUAAAGCACCUACUGCCACAGAGCAGUAGCCAUUCAAAUAGCUCAGAGCAAACAGUCCAGUAUGUCAAACAGACGAUCAGAGAUCAGAGGAGCUCAGACAGAAGGAUCAACCUGAGAGAAAGAGAUUCAGACAGAUAUGAAAGUGAAGAUGAAGAUGACUCAGACAGAUAUGAAAGUGAAGAUGAAGAUGACUCAGACAGAUAUGGAUAUGAAGAUGAAGACUCAGAUAGAAGGAUCAACAUGUUCUACUGUCUGAAUGAGCUGAAUCACCAUGCAGUAGUGGAGUACAAAAUGAGCUCAGAAGAUCUGCAUGUAGAGACACUCUUACCAGGAGAGUGGGGGACUAAGUUAUGGAAGACGUUUAAGAUGUCAGAAGAGCAGCUGGCUGAGUUUGACCUGCAGAAGUACAUAAAGACACCAGAGGAAGAUCAGACUGAACUCCUCAGUCCAGAUGAAGUUCUUCUGAAGGUGCUCCCAGCAGUCACAUCAGCUCUGCUUGCUGAAUGCACCCUUACAGAGAAGUCCUUUGAAAGUGUGGCUACUGUUCUACAGUCACCAAACUCCCUGAUAGAGCUGGACCUGGGUCAAAUUAACCUAAAAGAUUCUGGAGUUCAGCUUCUCUCUAAGGGACUGUCUAGUCCCCACUGCAAACUGCAGACAUUAAGGCUCAGUAAUUGUGGUAUCGCAGAUGAAGGUCAUCCUGGAGAAUCAGCACAGAAGCUGUUCUCUGCUAUACUUGAGAAUCCUCAUCAUAAAGUUGAAGCACUUCGAUUUGCUGACUGUAAACUCCCAGAGAAGUCCUGUGGAAUUGUGGCUACUGUUCUACAGUCACCAAACUCCCUGAUAGACCUGGACCUGAGUCACAAUGACCUGGGAGAUUCUGGAGUUCAGCUUCUCUCUAAGGGACUGUCUAGACCCCACUGUAAACUGCAGACAUUAAGGCUUGCUGAAUGCACCCUUACAGAGAAGUCCUUUGAAAGUGUGGCUACUGUUCUACAGUCACCAAACUCCCUGAUAGAGCUGGACCUGGGUCAAAUGAAUCUAAAAGAUUCUGGAGUUCAGCUUCUCUCUAAGGGACUGUCUAGUCCCCACUGCAAACUGCAGACAUUAAGACUUGCUGAAUGCAAACUUUCAGAGAGGUCCUGUGGAAUUGUGGCUACGUUUCUACAGUCACCAAACUCCCUGAAAGAGCUGGACCUGAGUCACAAUGAACUGCAAAAUUCUGGAGUUCAGCUUCUCUCUAAGGGACUAUCUAGUCCCCACUGUAAACUGCAGACGUUAAGGCUUGCUGACUGUAAGCUCACAGAAAAAAUGUGUGAGACUGUAACUUCAGUUCUACAGUCACCAAACUCCCUGCUACAGCUGGACGUGAGUGACAGUGACCUGGGGGAUUCUGGAGUUCAGCUCCUCUCUAAGGGACUGUCCAGUUCCAACAGCAUACUGCAGAUAUUAAGGUUGGAAUAAGGCCUUGCAUGCAUUUAUUAAUUAGGCAAAUAUUGUCUGAUAUCGAUGUUAGGCCAAUAUGUCAUUCAUUACAUCCCUACAAGUUAGUCACAUUACACAUUGCACUUCAUCUUAUUAAAAUCUUUCAGAUUUUGUGUGUGUGUGUGUGUGUGUGUGUGUGUGUGUGUGUGUGAUCUAUGUCAUUACAGGAGAAUAAUGUCUCCUAAUUAUGUUGAUUAUUGUUACGGCCGGCUCAGAGGCCACAACAUAAAAUGGAGAUGGAAAUCAGAGUUAUUAAUAGUAAAUAGAGAAUUUUAUUUCAAUAAAUGAUCAUUCAGAUUAAUGCCACAUUGACACCAGAUCCGUGGU